UCUAAACGCCAUUCACAUCACUUCUGCAAGCUCCUCAGUCUCUGCGAUUCAGAGGAUCGCAUCGAAACUGGGCCAUCAGGAGCAGCAGUGACGAUGAACGGUGAUAAUUACUCCUCUAGAGACAGCGGCCGACACGGCUCCUCUCGCGACUAUCCAUCUUCUAGAAGAGACCGCGACGAUAGGCGCGAUCGAGGCGAUACCCGAGACCGAGGCAGUGGCCGAAGAAGGUCUCGUUCUCCCGAUUACCGCAGCGGCCGGUCCCGUCGCGAAGAUGGCGACGUCGAUGCCUACUCCUCCAGCCGAAGCCACCGCGAUCGCGAGCGUGAAGACCGCUACUCGGGGCGCGACCGCCGAGGCGACAGGGAAUGGGACCGUGACCGGGGCGGCAGGGGUCGGCGAGAAGACGACGACAGGCGCGACCGUCGCGGCGGCCGGGACUUGAUCGAUGACCGCCGCGGAGGCGGGGACAGGCGUGAUCGUGAGUUUGAGAGGGAACGCGGGGACCGGCGGCGUAGUGUGUCGCCUCCGCCCAAGAAGCGCGAGCCGACCCCAGACCUGACCGACGUGGUCCCCAUUCUGGAGCGGAGGCGGCGUCUGACACAAUGGGAUAUUAAGCCGCCGGGCUAUGACAACGUCACGGCCGAGCAGGCCAAGCUGUCCGGCAUGUUCCCGCUCCCAGGUGCGCCGCGACAGCAGGCCAUGGAUCCGACCAAGCUCCAGGCUUUCAUGAACCAGCCCGGCGGUGCUGUCAACAGCGCCGCACUCAAACCAACGAACUCGCGCCAGGCCAGACGCUUAAUCAUUUCGAACCUACCACCAUCGACUACCGAAGAAAGCCUGGUCAAUUUCUUCAACCUCCAGCUCAAUGGCUUGAACGUGAUUGAAAACGCGGACCCCUGCCUGCAAGCGCACGUCGCCCACGACCGCGCCUUCGCCAUGGUCGAGUUCAGGAACAGCACAGAUGCGACGGUAGCUUUGGCUUUUGAUGGCGUAUCGAUGGAGGCGGAUGAUGCACAUGAGGCCAACGGCAACGGUGUGGCGCAUGGUGGUCUGCACAUUCGCCGGCCGAAGGACUACAUCGUUCCUGCGGUGGUGGAAGAUCCGAACUAUGACCCUGACUCGGACGUACCGUCGAGCGUGGUGCUCGACAGUCCCAACAAGAUCAGCGUAACCAACUUGCCGCUGUACCUGACAGAGGAUCAGGUUAUGGAACUACUGGUCAGCUUUGGCAAGCUCAAGUCGUUUAUCCUCGUCAAGGAUAACGGUACGCAAGAGUCACGUGGAAUCGCGUUCCUCGAGUACGCCGACCCGAGCGUCACCAACGUCGCCAUCCAAGGCCUGAACAACAUGAUGCUCGGCGAGCGCGCGCUCAAGGUCCAGAAGGCCAGCAUCGGCAUUACGCAGGUCUCGGGCGAGCUGAGCGUCAACGCCAUGUCGAUGCUUGCCGGCACAACGUCCAGCGACACCGAAGGCAGCAGGGUGGUGCAGCUGUUGAACAUGGUCACUCCGGAGGAGCUGAUGGACAACGACGACUACGAAGAAAUCCGUGAAGACGUCCAGGAGGAGUGCGAGAAGUUCGGCAAGAUUCUCUCCCUCAAGAUUCCGAGACCGGUUGGCGGCAGUAGGCAAUCUGCCGGCGUGGGCAAGAUCUUUAUCAAAUAUGAGACAUCAGAAGCCGCUACAAAGGCGCUGCGGGCUCUGGCGGGCAGGAAGUUUGCUGAUCGUACUGUCGUCACAACGUAUUUCCCAGAGGAGAAUUUCGAUGUCAAUGCAUGGUAAAGGAGCGGCCGAAGAAGGUCCUGAUGAUAUUGAGGUAUAGCUGGGAUGCAAAGCGCUGGGCAUGAGAUGAUUGCGAGAUGUCCCCUUGGCCAUCGACUCUGGAGCUCGAAUACCGGUAUUGCUGCGGCGGGUGGCAUCAAG